UUAACACAGUGACACUCACCCGUCUCUCAAAUAGACUGAAAACAGUGUUCACAAGUCACAAUUUCAGAGGAAACUUCGAAUUACUCUUCAUUAUUAGUUCACUGGGAGCCACAGAGAAUCUCUCGCUCAGGAUGGCAUCGAUGGUGGUCCAGCUGAUGGGAAUGUUUCUGGGAAUCGUCGGCUGGUGUUUGGAGUCCAGUUGCAUCAACUCAGCCGUGUGGAGGAGAGCCAGUCACGGAGAGGCUGUGAUGACGUCCAGCUCUCGGUAUGAAGGCCUGUGGAUGUCGUGUGCGUCUAACUCGCUCGGAGCCUCACAGUGUCAGAGAUUCAAGACCGUUCUGGGACUUCCAGGAUACAUCCAGGCCUGUCGGGCUCUGAUGAUAAUCGCUCUGAUUCUGGGUUUGCUGGCUGUUAUUCUGGCCGUGAUGGGACUCAAGUGCACUAAACUGGGCAGCACAUCUGAGGAGACGAAAGGGAAGAUCAGCCUGACCGCCGGGAUCAUGUUCAUCCUGUCAGGUGUGUGUGUUAUGGUGGCCGUGUCGUGGUACGCCGUUCGAGUCGUUCAGGAGUUUUAUGAUCCUUUUUAUGGAGGAACAAAGUAUGAACUGGGAGCCGGUCUGUAUCUGGGAUGGGCGGCAGCAGCUCUGGAAAUAAUAGGCGGAGCAAUCCUCUGCACUUCCUUCAAGAGCUCAAGACCUGCACAAACACGGAGUCUCAACUAUAACUACAUCGCUUCACAGCCGCAGAAGAUCUACAGAUCAGCCCCGUCAGAAAACAGCGUCUCCAAAGCUUACGUCUGAGUGUUUGCCUUUCCCUUUUUUGUACAAGGAUGUGUGUAUUUUUAUUGUACUUGCAUUUUAGAAGUCAAUGCAUUGAGCUUAUUUACAUGACUUUGUAUGAUUCAUCAGUGAUUAUUUCAUAACAUCAAAGCGUAAAAUAACGUUCUCAGCUUAUAUGAAAAGACUUCAGUUAGAGAUUUUUGCAUUUCAGAUUUUCGUUUAUUACUCAGUUCUGAUAUGAAACACUCACUUUAGGAAUAUUAUAGUGAAAUGAAACCAAAACCUUUGAAAAAAUAAACUUUUGUUACAUUAAAUAAACUUUCACUGAAAUU